AUGCUUGCUAUGAUGCAAGGUCGACGACCAGACAACGCCAUCAUCGUCGAAUGUUCUGGUCGCAACGUCACGCCUGCCGACCUCGCCUCCUUUCCCUUUCCAGCGCAAAUCUCUCCCGAGACAAACCUCUUUUCAGACCGAAGCCCUGCCGAAGUCGUUGCUUUCCGACGUGACAACACUCCCCACGCACCGACGUACAAGCUCAUCAUUCGACUUCGAGAAGGUCUACCACGGAGGAUCAAGCAUUGCGUAGACUACUAUGGAGGAUCAAGGUGGAACUUUGGCGACUUCGAUCGGAUGAGAGGCGAGGUUCAGGACAUGCAGAGGUUCGAACUGCCUUUGCCUAGUGCGAACAGGAGGGACAAACCAGAAUGUACGAUCUGUUGA